AUGGAGAACGUGGACUUGCUGGGGUUUCUGGUCAUCACGUUGAACUGCAACGUGACCAUCGCAGGAAAGAUCUGGCUUGUCCUUAUGAUACUACUGAGGAUGGCAGUGGUCGUCUUGGCGGGGUACCCCAUCUACCAGGAUGAGCAGGAAAGGUUUGUCUGCAACACCCUGCAGCCGGGGUGCACCAACGUCUGCUACGACAUCUUCUCCCCUGUGUCCCAGCUGCGGUUCUGGUUGAUCCAGAGCAUGUCGGUUCUCCUCCCGUAUGCUGUUUUCAGUGUGUAUGUCCUGCACCGAGGAGCUGUACUGGCCUUGCGGAGGACCUGCCACUCAGAUAGGGUGCCCAGAGGCCCUGACCCCUCUGGCCUAGCCUCUGGGGAGGAGUGCUGCCCACGGCCCUGCAGGGAGAGGUGCAACCUGAUCGUGCCAGACUUCUCAUCCGGCUACAUCGCCCAGCUCCUCCUGCGGACCCUGGUGGAGGCAGCUUUCGGGGCCUUGCAUUACCUUCUCUUUGGAUUCUUGGUCCCAAAGAGAUUUUCUUGCACCCGUGCUCCCUGUACCAGCGUGGUGGACUGUUACGUGUCUCGGCCCACAGAAAAGUCCAUCAUGAUGCUCUACCUCUGGGUGGUCAGUGGGCUGUCCUUCCUGCUGGGCGUCGCCGACCUGAUCUGCAGUGUGUGGUGGCGAGGCACCAGCCGGGGGGUGCAGAGUCCUUCCAUCAGGAAGGAGUAUGGAGCCGGGGCCUCUCUUCCUGGCCACACUGAGGGAUGCCAGGCAGAUGAGGAGGGUGGGUGGGAGGAGGACAGGGUGCCCAUGCCCCCUGGCGCCUGGACCCGAGGGGAGGGUACCAGCAGCCCCAGGGGUCAUAACUCCAGUAACUUGGGACAGAUGGAGCUUCCAGAUGAAGAGGAGAGUGAGGUGAUGUCCUCGGCCAGUGAAAAGCUGGCCCGAGAGUCCAGGGACAGGCCCCACAGAGAGGCCGCCCAGGAUCCCAGGAGCAAUAGAUCUGAGGAGUGGCCCUCAGCCUCCCGGAGCCGGCUGGCCGGGCCCUGUUCACACAGCCAGCUGCUGCCCCCUGGCCAGCCGGCCAGUUCUGGCAGUGUCCCCCACCUGAGAACCAAAAAGUCUGAGUGGGUGUGA